AGUGUGGGUUCGCUGGAAAAUCUGAAAACUAUUUAGAUAAUACGAACUUGAAAUUAUCGGAUUUGAAUGAUGAAAGAAUCUUCUAAAAAGAUGACAUAUAUCCAGAAUGGCAAGAAAAUUACUUGGCUGGAGGAAGAUCCAUCUCCUCCCACCAAAGUUACAAGAAUUUCCAAAACAUAUUACAGAUCCUGUAAAUUUGGGAAUCUGCGCCUGGCAGUUGGCGACUUUGUCUUGAUAGCUGACUUAUCAGCUGGAGAUGAAGACCAUGUGGAUGGCUGUGAAAUAGCUGAAAUCACUCAUAUGUAUGACACAGGCGACCCGGACGAGAAGGACCCGUGCUGGCUGACUGUGCGGUGGUUCACGCGCUGGGACCUUCUGCCGCCGACGGUGCGCAAGAAGCUGCCGGUCGGCCUGCCACAGCCGCACCCGACCCGGGAGGUGGUACUGGACGGGCGGCCGUUCAGCCCAGAGGUGCUCAUCAGCACUGUCUGGGACAAAUGUGAGGUGCGCGUGCUGCAGCCAUACGAGGACUCGGCGGUCGAGCGGAGCACCCGCGGCGCCCUAGAGCUGUUCGUCACCCGGUUCCAGCUGCAGACUAAGCCGCUGAAGCUGGUAUCUAUCUCCGGUCUGGACCUGGGUUUCGAGGAUGAGGGGGAAAGAAAGAGAACAAAAACACCUCAGAAGACUGGUGGGAGGUCGAGGCAAGGUAGUGAGGCACCCGAAAGACGGGAGAAAGCAGGCGAUGAACCCCGCGGGAGGCGAAAGAGGGAAGGAAGUGAAACUCCGGGAAGACAGAAGAGAGCGGGCAGUAAAACCCCGGAAAGACGGAGGAGGGAAAGAAGUGAAACUCCUGGUAGAUGCAGGAGAGAGACAAGUGAAACCCCCAGAAGGCGGAAGAGGGAGGGAAGUGAAACUCCUGGAAGACAGAAGAGGGCGGGCAGUGAAACCCCAGGAAAACGGAGGAGGGACAGAAGUGAGACCCCCGGGAGACAAAUAAGAGAAGUUAGUAAAACUCCCGGGAAACAGAAGAGGACGGGCGGCGAGACCCCGGCGAAACAGAAAAGAGCGGGCAGUGAAACUCCAGGGAAACAGAAGAGAGCUGGCAGCGAGGCUCCCGGUGAAACGCCCACUGCUGAACGAAGGACACGAUCGACGGGAAAGGAGAAUAAUGCGCCAACCACGCCGUCGCAGCAGCCGCCUUCCAAAGAGGGCCUGUCCCGUUCGGGCCGGCGUCGUAAGGAGCGCAGCUACCGUGACCUCGUGGAGGGCAAGGCCCCCGGUAUCACUGCUGGCGUGGGCUCUGUCCUGCCCUCGUUCUCGCCUUCCGUUCGCCUCAGUCGGGCGUCCUGUCCUCCCGGAGUGUCCUAUUACACCAGGUCCUCUCGAGCGUCCUCACAGGCCGCAACGACGAGCUGGGAGGAUGAAGAUGCCAUUACCAUAAGCUACACGUCACCUAAAAUGGUCAUGAAAAUGAGUCGACUCACCGACAGCAAAAUUCGACAGAUGCUGCUGGAAGAUGAUGAUAGUGAUUCGUCUCUCCCGGAUAGCGGUCGAAGCACGCCUGUCCCCGUCAAAAAGAAAACGCCACGUGCGUCCAGAGAAACCACCCCAGCGCGCGGCUUGAAGCGGACAGCGUCCCAGUCUAAGACAGACAGCCCUGCACGAGCCAGACCUGAACCAUCCCGCUCCCGGGGUGCCACGCCUGUGAAGCGGGACGCGUCCCGUACCAGCACUCCGUCCAAGCCUGAACCGUCCCGUUCCCGGGGUGCCACGCCCGUGAAGCGGGACGCGUCCCGUGCCAGCACUCCGUCCUCUGGCGGCGCGCGGUCGGCGGGCAGGGGCACACCUCGCUCGGCGGGACGGGGCUCCGCGUCUCCAUCGGCCGGCCGCAGCACGCCGCGAUCGGCGCGUCGCUCGCUCUGCCUCCAACCGAGUCUGGCCACGGUGACCGAGGAGCGAUCCCCCGGCGCCGCCAGCGCCCGCCCCAGUGACCCGCCGCCGGCGCGGCGCCUGUUCGCCGCGGACGCCGGCGGCGCCAAGAGACGCCGUCUGUCAUUGGCCGUUGACUCAGAGAACGAGGAGGAAGAGGAGGUCGCUCCGCGCCGCGGCGGAGGACGCAGUCGUGCUGCCAGCGCCCGGCGCACCGAGGAACUCCCGGAGGAGAGUUCCCAGGAGGAAGAGUGGACGCCCGUCAAACGGCGAACGGGCCGUGCGGCCGCGUCCCCGGCGACUCCGUCCCGCGGCCGGGGCAGGGGGCGCGGCGGUCGAUCGGUCACGGCCUCUCCCAGGACCCCGAAGGUUGGCGGCACACCCCUGGUGCCCGGCCGGUCAGCCGGCUGUCUGGACACGCCCGGUACACCGCUAGAGCGGGCCCGCAGUCGACUGCACGUGGCUGCGGUACCCGAGGCGCUGCCCUGCCGUGAGAAUGAGUUCCUCGACAUCUACACCUUCGUGGAGGCGCGACUACUGGAUGGUACUGGCGGGUGCAUGUACGUGAGCGGCGUUCCGGGCACGGGGAAGACGGCUACCAUGAGGGAGGUGGUGCGCAGUUUACAGGAAGGCGUCCAGACCGGUGACCUGCCCGCCUUCCAGUUUAUCGAGGUGAACGGUAUGCGUCUGACGGAGCCGCAGCGCGCCUACUGUCAGAUCCUCUCCGAACUGACCGGCACCAAGGCCGUACCCGAGCACGCCGCUCAGAUGCUCGAUAAGCGCUUCUCACAGCCGGCCGGCCGACGCCAGCCGCUGCUGCUUAUGGUCGACGAGCUGGACCUGCUGUGGACGAGGAAGCAGAACGUCCUCUACAAUCUAUUCGACUGGCCGAGCCGGCCGCACGCGCGGCUGAUCGUCGUCGCUAUCGCCAACACGAUGGACCUGCCGGAGAGGAUCAUGAUGAACCGCGUCUCCAGUCGACUGGGUCUGACACGGAUGACCUUCCAGCCGUACACGUUCAAACAGCUCCAGGAGAUUGUCUCCAGCCGACUGAGCGGUCUCGACGCCUUCGACCCCGACGCCAUUCAGCUGGUGGCCAGGAAGGUGGCUGCCGUGUCCGGUGACGCCCGCCGCGCUCUCGACAUCUGUCGGCGGGCCACGGAACUAGCGGAGCGCGGUCCGGCCGCUGAGCGGCGCCACAUGUCACCCAGGAAGGCCAAGACCUCGGCGCUGGUGGCUAUGGAGCACGUCAACGCCGCCAUCCAGGAGAUGUUCGCUUCGCCAAAAAUUGUCGCCAUUCGGUCGUGCCCGGCACAGGCGCGCUCCCUGCUCCAGGCUGUGGUGUCCGAGUUUCAGCGCACCGGCUUGGAAGAGGCCCGGCUGGGCCGUGUAUAUGAACAGAUGGCUGCCGCCUGCCGGUUCGAAGGCGUCUCGCCUCCCACUCUCUCCGAGGUGUUCGCUCUGGUGAGUCAGCUGACGGCGGUCCGUCUGCUGCACGCCCAACACGCCAGACAUGACCUCGAGACCCGGCUGAGACUCAACAUCAGCGUGGACGACGUGUCGUACGCGGUGCAGGAGAUGCCUGACCUGUGACCGGUCAGAGGGGGAUCAGGGGUGACGUCUGACCUGUGACCGGUCAGGGGGUGACUAUUCGAUCUGUGACCGGUCAGGGGGUGACUGGACCGAUCUGUGACCGGUCAGGGGGUGACUGUGGGCCGACCUGUGACCGGUCCGAGGGUGACUGGACCGACCUGUGACCGGCCAGAGGGUGACUGUGGUCUGACCUGUGACCGGUCAGGAGGUGGCUGUGGACUCCGACCUGUGACCGGUCAGAUGGGGACAUGGUUUGACCUGUGACCGGUCAGAGGGGGAUCAGGGGUGGCGUCUGACCUGUGACCGGUAAGGGGAUGACGGUGGUCAGACAUGUGACUGGUCAAAGGGUGACGGUGGUCCGACCUGUGACUGGUCAGAGGGGGUGACCGUGGUCUGACCUGUGACCGGUCAGGAGGUGGCUGUGGGCUCCGACCUGUGAUCAGUCAUGGUGACAUGUCAGUCUUGAGUGACACCAUGGAAUGGGAUGGUGUUCGAAAGUGAUUGUUGAGGAUAUUCCUUGCCCGUGACCGGCUGGCCGGCGGUUAAACAUGCUAAAUUCGGAAUUUAUUGUCAUGUGCUCAGAAAUCGUGAAAUGAUCAUAUACCUUCAUCAAAAAACUUAAAAUGCUAUAGAUACAGCAAAGCACACGGCCAAUCUGGCCUGCAUAGCUGGUAUAGAAAAGUUAAGUGAUGAAAAACAGAAAUGAAUUUAAGGCAAGUUCAUUAUAUAAUGGGCCUCAGGCCUUCAGUCUGCAACAAGCUACAAAAUAGCUUACCCUGGAAUAUUUUGUUCAUCCCUUGGCCCAAAUCCCUUUCAUGUUCCCUGCCUUUGACAAGACACAAUCGCGAUUAAUGAAUGGUUGAGUCGUGACUCGUGACUCGCACUAUUAAUGGGUGACGUCAUCAAAAGUUCAGCUCGUUUCUCUUGCACAAGUAAUCUCUUCUAACAGCUGAUAACAUUAAAAAGUAAACAAGUACGAGGCGAAGCGGGAGGGCCGGUACCGAAGGGAUGGUGGGACUGAUGUUGGCUAGUGAUUUGCAAGCGGCUGUCUGACAUUUUCACACCGAUACUGUCGAACUAACUACGUCCUUCUUUAUUCCUGCUGAAUUAGCAGACAUUCGUGAACCGCGCAUUCGGCGUUAGGUGGUCAUUUUCGGAUAUCCCUGGUCAUUCGGCCUCGGCUUCGUAGAGGGCGAUCAUUUAUAAUUCGGAUCAUUUUUUUUUUAUUGAUGUUGGCGGCGUUGCUCCACUUUGCGGCUGGUCAUCAAGGCUGCUGCAUUCCGUCUAGCGUGCUUCGCCGAUUGUCCUGCUGGUGACGUGACCUUUAUAGCCGGCGUUCAUGUCAUUUGAUUGGCAUGGCUGGUUAUUGUGGGAGGUUUGCUGGCUGAUUUCAACGGGAGCAGUGGUGAUGUGUUCUUUUUGUGUUCGUAGAUUCUGUUUUUAUAGUGUGGCAUUUGGUUGAAUGACUGCAUGUCUUGUGAAUUGUAAAGACGAAAAGGCUACAUGUCUAAACAAGGCCAUCCUUCCGAUAUUGGUGGCUCAUUUCAUUAUGAGUUGGUUUUGCCAUGCGCCGACAUCGGUCAUGCAUUUUUAUACUACGUUUGGCUCUUACUGUUAAUUUAGACGUCUUUAACUUCUUAGUGCCAUCCCUGAGCAUGUUUUCCUCUCUUAUUUUAGGCUUAGAUUUGCAGUAAAAGUUAAACAGACAGCAGUUAAUCCACUUUGGGUGUGACCGUUGGUACAAAACACAGUGAUAGCAUUGGUCCGGACGCGCUACCGAGUUCGUUCAGGGACGGAGUGUCUUCCUGCCGUCGUCUGCUCGUUGUUACUCUCCGAUUUUGUACAAUUGUUCUCCGAUGUGGCCCUCGGCGUACCGUGUGUGGACCGGGUGGGUCUCGAUUGGUCUAGCUCGCCCGUUCCAGGUCGAGUUGGUCUUGGACAGGUCAGGGGUUUGUUGCCAUUUGUAUACUGCCGCGUGUGUAUUUUUGUACUGUUUGUGAUGGAUUGAAAUUUGAUUAUGCGUGCUUUGCAUUCAAUAUAGUCCCAAAGCAAUAA